AUGCACUGUGGGGAAGUUGGUCUGAAGAGUUUGUACCUCCACAUUAUGCAUAACAUGGUCUUCCUGCUGGGCUUCCUGGGAAGUUUCAUCGUUGUUUGUGUUUAUAUCUUCAAGAUGAGACUUGAAAUCAGCACCAUAAUCAGGCUGAACCUGGCACUCACAUAUCUGCUCUACCUCACUGGCCUUCCCCUCCUGAUGCACUACUGUGCUACUGGGGAACACUCAAUUUUUGGUGAAUUCAUGUGCAAGUUCACCUGCUUCAGCUUCCCCUUCAAAUUGUGCAGCAGCAUCCUCUUUCUCACCUGCUUCAGUGCCUUCAUGGUGAUGUUUGACACCAUGAAGUUCUUUCACAUCCAGAGGAAGUGGUGGACAGCAAUGGCUUGCACAACCAUUUUGUUGAAGGCACUGGAAGCUGUCAGCCCUGUCAAUUUCUUGAUCUCUUCAAAAGGGACACGAAACUUAAGGUCUUCAUGCCUCAACCUGACCAGCUCUGCAAACCUGGGCACAAUCAGGUGGCUGCUGACCAGCCUGGCCUUCUUCCUGCCCUUGCUGACAGUGACUCUGUGCUGUGUGCUCAUCAUUUGCACCUUGGCCACUAGCCCCACACAAACUUGCUGCAAACAAAAGGCUCUAAGACUUGCUGUUGUCCUCUUGGUGGUGUUCCAUGUGUACUUCCUUCCCUUCCAUAUCUUUUGGGUGGCUCUCUUGCCCAAGCUUGGAAGAAAAACUUUCCCAACAAUAUUAGAACUGAUAACAUAA